AUGCAGGUACAGGCAAAUUGCAGCCUGUUGUUAUCAAAGGUGCUCCGUGCGGUAACUCUGCCUGGAAAGUGUCGUGCCCUGAAACGCCACUUCAAGAACGAGAGGGAGCUCCUUUUGUUCCUCUGGAAGUACCAGCCUCCGACGGCAGCCGCUCUGCCGGACACACCGGUGCAGGUGAAGUACAGGGCACCAGGGAGGCCUUCAGCCAGGACCAUGAUCUCGCGCGCUACUAUGGACUCUGAGACGCCGAGGUCCCUGUCGAUCGCUGAAACAGCCGCCAGGGACGCUCACCUAAACUUUUUAAGCAAGGGGUAUGGCUCAGCCAUUCCCGGGGACCAGCUGGAGACCCUGAAUAUCAUCUCCUUGUGA